AUGAUCCCUAAGAAUUACCAGCAUCUCCUUGCCUUGACAUUUGCAGUAAAGGAGAUCAGUGAGAGCCCUCACAUACUGCCCAACCGCACUUUGGGCUUCCGUAUCUAUGACAGCUACAACAAUGCAAGGAGAACCUGUCAGGCCACCCUGCGAAUUCUGUCAGUGCAGGAGAGAUUGGUCCCCAACUAUGCAUGCGGCAUCCACAAUAAUCUAAUAGCAGUCGUUGGGGCACUGGACUCUGAAGUUUCUCUCAAUAUGGCAAAUAUCUUGGAUAUCUACAAGAUUCCUCAGCUCAUAUAUGGUGUAGCUCCAGUCAUGAAUGAUAAGACCCCAGGACUUCCCUUCUAUCAGAUGGUUCCUCAUGAAACUCUGCAUGCAGUAGCAGAGGAUGAGGAAGAGGAGAUCUGCACUGGGAAGGAAAGACUGGAGACCCUUCCUGGAGCUUUCUUCGAGAUGAGCAUGACUGGCCACUGCUACAGCAUCUACAGUGCAGUCUACGCUGUGGCCUAUGCCAUCCAUGCCAGGUCCUCAUCUGAAGUCAAAGACAGGGCAAUCAUGGAUACUAAAGGACAGAAGUUUAGGAAUGAAGAGUCAUGGCAGACACAACCACUUUCUGUAUGCACUGAGAGUUGCCGUCCAGGCUCUAGCAAGAAAGUGAAAGAGGGGGAGCCAUAUUGCUGCUAUGAUUGCAUUCCAUGUCCAGCUGGGAAGAUCUCAAGAGAGGAGGAUAUGAACGAUUGCAAUCCAUGCUCAGAUACAGAGUAUCCAAGCAAGAAUCAGGAUUUCUGUCUUCCAAAGACCACAACCUUCUUGUCCUAUGAAGAAGCUUUGGGGCUCACUUUAGCCCUCCUUGCUCUUGCCUUCACUUUUAUCACAGCUCUGGUGCUAGCCGUGUUCAUGAAGAACCACAGGACUCCCAUGGUCAAAGCCAACAACCAGAAGCUCACCUACACUCUGCUCAGCUCCCUCCUGCUCUGCUUCCUUUCUGCAUUGCUUUUCAUCGGUGAGCCUCAGAAGCUCACCUGCCUCCUCCGACAAACUGCGUUUGCUAUCAUCUUCUCAGUGGCAGUUUCUUCUGUACUGGCUAAAACCCUCUUAGUCGUUCUGGCUUUCAUGGCUACUCAGCCAGGAUCUGGGAUGAAGAAGUGGUUGGGAAAGGAGAAGGCUGGUGUCAUUGUUCUUUUCUGCUCCCUCAUCCAAGCAGGCAUCUGUAGUGUGUGGCUGGAAGCCUCACCCCCUUUCCCAGAUGUUGACAUGUUCUCCAUGGCUGAAGAAAUCAUACUGGAAUGUAAUGAGGGCUCAGUGAUGAUGUUUUACUGUGCCUUGGGCUACAUGGGCCUUCUUGCAACCAUCAGUUUCAUGGUGGCCUUCCUGUCCAGGAAGCUGCCUGGCUACUUCAAUGAAGCCAAGUUCAUCACGUUCAGCAUGCUGGUCUUUUGCAGUGUUUGGCUCUCUUUUGUUCCUUCUUACCUCAGCAGCAAAGGGAAAUCCAUGGUGGCUGUGGAGAUCUUCUCCAUCUUAGCUUCCAGUGCAGGAUUGCUGUGUUGUAUCUUCCUCCCCAAAUACUACAUUAUUGUGCUGAGACCUGACCUGAACAGCAGGGAACAGUUAAUAAGAAGAAAAUGCUGA